UUCAAGAAAUCAAGCCCCAAUGGCAAGAUCACGACAUAUCUCGGCAAAAGAGAUUUUGUCGACCAUCAAACACACAUCGAUCCAAUUGAUGGUGUGGUAUUAGUAGACCUAGACUACUUAAAGGAGAGGAAAGUCUUUGCCCAUGUGCUAGCAGCAUUCCGCUAUGGCCGGGAGGAUCUGGAUGUCCUUGGGCUUACCUUCAGGAAGGAUCUGUACUUAGCUUCGGUCCAGGUCUACCCCAAGCCCACAGAGGAGGAGAGACCGCUUACUAGACUCCAAGAGAGGCUUAUCAAGAAACUAGGGUCCAAUGCAUAUCCGUUCUACUUCGAACUGCCGGUCAAUUCCCCAUCAUCGGUCACACUUCAGCCCGCACAGGGCGACACAGGCAAGCCAUGCGGUGUGGACUACGAACUCAAAACAUAUGUUGCAGAAACGAUGGACGAGAAACCACACAAGAGGAAUUCAGUACGGCUUGCCAUCAGGAAGGUUACCUACGCCCCGGACGUACCCGGCCCACAACCCACGGCUGAAGCACAGAAAGAGUUCGUUGUCAGUCCAGGAGCACUCCACCUUGAGGCAACGCUUGAUAAAGAGAUGUACUAUCAUGGAGAGAGCAUCGAGGUUAACGUCACCGUGGCCAACAAUUCAAACAGAACGGUGAAGAAAAUCAGGGUGUCAGUCCGGCAGUAUGCAGACAUCUGCCUCUUUUCAACAGCACAGUACAAAUGCCCAGUAGCUUGCGUAGAAGCAGAAACUUCAGAAUAUGGUCUGCCACUCAAACCUAGCCAGAAACUAACGAAGGUAUUCUGUGUCAAACCGUUACUUGAUGACAAUAAAGACAAGCGAGGGCUGGCGUUAGACGGCAAGCUGAAACACGAGGACACAAAUCUUGCUUCAUCAACACUGUUAAAUCCAAACACAGAUGACAAGCAAAAAGAAAGAGAGAGCUUAGGAAUACUUGUUAAGUACAAAGUCAAAGUCAAGCUAGUAUUAUCUAACUUCGCAGGGGACUUAUCGGUGGAGCUACCGUUCACACUGUCUCAUCCCAAACCGGUUGAUCCGGAACCAGCACCGGCUCCCGCACCUAGCCAACAAACAAACAAAGAGACUAAUGAGGUUCCAGUUGACACAAAUCUUAUCAAUUUUGAUGCAAAUGGUACUGACGUGCAGCAGAAGCUGGAGGAUGAGGAUGAUGAUCUGAUCUUUGAGGAUUUUGCCAGACUGCGACUGAAGGGCACAGAGGGUGAAGGAACAGAGGCCUGAGGGGGGAGGGAGUCUUGGACCUCCAUCCCAGCAUCACAAUUGCAUCAAAACCACGGGGGUGUUUCACAAAAAAUUGAGAUUGACUUAAGUUGAAUUUCAGUUGAUUUUAUCUUAAGUCGACUUCAAGUUGACCUUAAGUUGACAUUUGACUUCUUUUUGGAUUGGAUCCAUUGCCUACAUGAAUCUGGUCAUGCAUAAGGUUAAAAUUUACCUACGUUAGACAUAUCAAAUAUCUGUAAUGAAAUAAGAUUCACUUAAAUUGAAUUUAAGUUACCUUUACCUUCGCGGCUUAAAUUGUCAAAUUUGACUGAAAAGCCGUGAAAAUAACAAACAAACAAAAUAUAUAUAUAUACAAAUGUGGUCAUCUGUAAGGUGAAUAUUUACUUAACAGACUUUACCUAUUGUCUGUAAUGUCUUAAGUUGGAUUUAAUCCAUUGCCUAUAGGAAUACGGUCAUCCAUUAUGUCAAAAUUGACUUAAGUCAGACUUGACCCAUUGCUUAUAAUGAGAUUAAGAUUACCUUAAGUUGGACUUGUUUCCUAAAAAAAGCUAGAUAAAGCUGGACUUAAAUAUUGCUAUCAGGGAAUCUGGUCAUUCCUGUAACUCAAGAAUGAGUUAAACUGUGGAGUAAAUGAAUAUGGCCACUUCAGUCGUGAAAUGUAUUUUGUAACCACUCAUAUUUUAUACUCUGUGUGAUUUGAUUUGAAUCGUGGAAGGCGCGCUACUAUCCAUGGGCUGGACAGUGACCCCUCUUAUUCAUACAAAUAAAUGGUGAAGAAAUUGGAAUAUUGGAUGGGUUGCCAUAGUUCAUACCAAGUCAAUCUUCACAAUUUGUGAAACACCCCCUCAGCUCGUAAUCCCGUCGUCAAAUAAGUAUGUACUAUAGCCUGUUAAAGCUUGUUGGCAACUGGCUUUUGUCGAAGUGUUUUCUGAAUAUGGGCCCAGAAGGUGAUCUUCACUGAUCGAUUGCAAAUCAUCACAGAAUCGAUUGCAAACUCUCAGCAAUCAAUUGCAGGCGAUUGCCUAUCAUCAUCAAUGGUUUGCAAAUUAUCACCAAUCGAUUGCAAAUCAUCAUCAAUCCAUUGCAAAUUAUCACCAAUCGAUUGCAAAUCAUAACCAGUCGAUUGCAAAUUAUCAUCAAUCGAUUGCAAAUCAUCAUCAAUCAAUUGCAAAUCAUCACCAAAUUGAUUGCAAGUUAUCAGCAAUCAAUUGCAGUCUAUUGCCUAUCAUCCAUCAGUCGAUUGCAAAUAAUCACCAAUCGAUUGCAAAUCAUUACCAAUCGAUUGCAAAUCAUCACCAAUUGAUUGCAAAUUAUCAUCAAUCGAUUGCAAAUCAUCAUCAAUCGAUUGCAAAUCAUCAAUCGAUUGCAAAUUUUCAUUAAUCGAUUGCAAAUCAUCAUCAAUCGAUUGCAAAUCAUCAUCAAUCGAUUGCAAAUCAUCAAUUGAUUGCAAAUCUUCACCAAUCGAUUGCAAAUCAUCAUCAAUCAAUUGCAAAUCAUCACCAGUUGAUUGCAAAUCUUCUGGUUGCCCUGCUGCAGUAAGCACCUGAUUUGCUUCUACUAAUCAUCGUGAUACAAGAAUUCCAUCCUUGGCAAAUACCUUUACCUACGCACAUGCAUCGUAUUUGCAAAAAAAAACGAUAAAAAUGUUCAUGUUUGAUAUAUUGUAUUUAUUGAAAUUGUCGAAGUUAUGCUUUGUUAUGCUUUUAACUAUUUUAGAUACAAAAUGAAAGUUUUUUUUAGGUGAUGUUUAAUCACCUCAUCCUUUGAUUGAAGCAAAGGAAUAUAUGCUAUGUCAGGGAGGGCUCGGUGUUUAUUUUUUUUAAUUUAGGCCAAACUUGAUUAAGGAAUACAUUGGUAUAUCAUGGCAAAGGAAAUGUGAAUGGGAGUGGUGUAUAAAAAUAAUUUUUAGUUUAUUUUCUCCACUUCCCCCCCCCCCCCACGAUAACCCCUAGAAGUAUUCCAUAGAAACAAUUCAAAGGCAGUGAUUUUAAUGCAUCAAGUUAAACAUUUCACAGAAUGGCAUAUUGCAUCAGAAAAUGUAAUAUGGAGCAACAUAGAAAACGGAUUGCCGAAAAAAAAUCUAGGAGUCAGGGAAAUGGUCCAAACGUCUUCACAACUCAACUCCUACAGGUUAAAAUCACGUCUACCGAAUCCCUUUUCAGGUACACAUGAUCUCAUGGCCGUUUGCAGCUUGGGACCGGGCAGUUCCCCCCCCCCCCCCCCCCCCCCCGGAAUUUUGAAAACUUGCAUUUUUUUACUGAAAAUUAUUCACAAAUUUCACCAAAAAGUGUGAUCAUAAAUAGUCCCUCAAUUUCACUCUAAAAAUGCAAAGGCACUCCAAUGAUAAGCUCGCUUGCCUUGCAUCGGAGUUUCUUCAAAAUCUUUUAUGUAUUUUACCCCACUUUAGAAAAAAAAUCUACAAAUGUCCAUGAAUGGUCUACAUCUAUGGCAAACAGAGUUUUAAUUUGAAGGCAAAUUCAAUAUCCCUUAAUGACUGCCAAAUAAACAUCAUUCCUUAUUUUUUCCUAAAAAUCAUUGUCUUACACAUUAAGUUAAUGUAUGGCAAAUAAUUUAUCAUGUCAUUCUUACUCCUCCCCCACUCAUGCACCUACAUUUGCAAGACAGAAAUGACGAGAAGUACGACUUGUAUUUUUAAAGUUUUCCUUGUAAUAUAUUUCUUGUCUCAGUGUUUGACCAUCCGAUCAUGUUCCUAAUGAAAUGUAUAUACAGAUGUAGAAACUGGAAGUAGAUCUUCUUUAUAUUUUAUGACGAGCUAAGAAGUGUCAUUUUCCGUUUUAAAGUGCUUGAUGUCGUAUUUGAUUCUCUUUCUGAAAAAACCUGACAAAUUGUGCUCUAUGUUUUUUUUAUUGUUCGAAAGUAACUGGGAAUCUAUAAAGCAGGCUUUAUUGUG